CAGCAGCAGCAGCAGCCCUGGAGGCGGUGGCGUUCCCCCUCUCCACCUGCCCGAUAUGGAGGCCUCUGCCCCCUCCCUCCUCCUCCUCCUCCUCUUCCUCCUCCUCUUUGCGUCUUCUCUCUCGCGCCCUUCUUCGGCCCUCUCUUCUGACGCCGGAGCCGCCUCCACCGCGCGCCGCCAGCUCCUGGCCCUCAUCGAGAAUGGAAUCCUCCCCGACGACUUCGAGUUCCACAUCGAGAUCGGCGUCCGCAUCGCCAAUCCGCGCCUCCGCCGCGCCUACAUCGCCCUCCGAGCCUGGAGGAGCGCCAUCUACUCCGAUCCUUUCAACUACACCGGCAACUGGCAGGGCCCCGACGUGUGCGCCUACAACGGCGUCUUCUGCUCCCCAGCCCCCGACGAGCCUUCGUUCAACGUCGUCGCUGGCGUCGACCUUAACGGCGCCGAUAUUGCCGGCCACCUCCCCCCGGAGCUUGGCCUCCUGACCGACGCUGCGCUCUUCCACAUCAACUCCAACCGCUUCUGUGGCACCAUCCCCAAGAGCUUCUCCCGCCUCGUCAUCCUCCGCGAGCUCGACGCCAGCAACAACCGCUUCGUCGGCCCUUUCCCGCGCGUCGUUCUUGGCCUCCCCUCCCUCACAUACCUCGACCUUCGGUUCAAUGACUUCGAGGGUGCUCUGCCACCGGAGCUCUUCGACAAGGAGCUCGACGCCAUUUUCUUGAACGACAACCGCUUCAGCUCUGGCAUCCCUGACAACUUCGGCAACUCCAAGGCCUCCGUCGUCGUGCUCGCCAACAACAAGCUCGGCGGGUGCAUUCCGGCCAGCGUCGGAAACAUGGGAGCCACCCUCAACGAGCUCAUCCUUCUGAACAAUGGGCUCGUGGGGUGCUUGCCGCCGGAGAUGGGGAUGUUGGGCAACGCGACGGUGGUGGACGCUAGCUGGAACUCUCUCACCGGCGAGCUCUCUAAGAGCUUCCAGGGGCUGAGCAAGGUGGAGCAGUUGGAUCUGUCGCAUAACGUCCUCAUGGGUGUGCUUCCGGGGAGGCUCUGCCAAUUACCGAGCCUCGCCAACCUCACGGUCUCGUACAACUUCUUCACAGGCGAGGCCGAGGAGUGCGUGCCGUCAUCAACGAAGUUGGAGCUGGUGGUCGAUGACAGGAGCAAUUGCCUCGCGAAGAGACCGAGACAGAAGUCGAACAGGUUGUGUGCGCCGGUGGUGAGCCGCCCUGUCGAUUGUGGCCGCUUCAAAUGUGGAUCUUCUCCGAACAAACCCACUUCGUCUCCUGCGAAACCAUCUCCGAGGCAGAAGACAACAUCGCCGCCGCCGAAGUCGAAGCCACCUGUUCGUUCACCACCUCCGUUGGUCCACUCACUUCCACCGCCAACUCCAGUCUCCUCGCCGCCACCGCCGCAACAGAAAAAAUCUCCCGCCAGACCAGUGCAUUCAUCACCACCACCACCAUCGUCCUCGGAGUCACCGGUUAAGCGAGUUCGCUCCCCGCCACCCCCAGUCAAGACUCCAAAGUCGUCGCCACCACCAACGCAUUCACCACCUCCUUCAGUUCGCUCACCAUCUCCAAGUUCCUCACCACCACCUCCUCCAGUUCACUCAUCACCCCAUCCGAAUUCCUCACGGCCACCAUCACCAUCACCGCCUGUCUAUUCACCACCUCCACCGAUCCAUUCACCACUACCUCCGCUGAUUCAUUCACCACCGCCACCAACCCAUUCAGCACCUCCACCAUCCCAGCACUCUUCACUACCUCCGGUUUCCUCACCACCAUCUCCAGUCCAUUCACCACCACCAUCACCUCCAGCUGCAUCACCUCCGUCACCACCAGUGCACUCAUCACCUCCGCCACCACCAGCGCACUCACCACCACCACCAACUGCAUCACUUCCGCCACCACCAGUACACUCUCCAUCGCCACCACUAGCGCACUCACCACCGCCGCCACCGGCGCGCUCACCAUCGCCUCUGCCACCACUAAUGCACUCACCACCACCACCAACUGCAUCGCCUCCGCCACCGGCAGCGCACUCACCACCACCACCGACAAUUGCAUCCGCCUACCGCCACCAUGCACUCACCACCACCAGUAAUUGCAUCGCCUCCGCCACCACUAGUGCGCUCACCGCAGCCACCAACUGCAUCGCCUCGGCCACCACCAGCGCACUCACCGCCGCCACCAACUGCUCCGCCUCCCCCACCACAAUUGCACUCACCAACACCACCAGCGCAUUCAUCACCGCCACCUGUUCGUUCACCACCGCCACCACUAGUGCACUCACCACCGCAACCAGUUGCAUCGCCUCCACCACCUCCAAUUACCUCGUCUCCACCACCACCACCAGCACACUCACCGCCAACUCCACCACAAGUGCACCCAUCGCCACCUCCAACCCCUUCACAACCCAAAGGCUUCUCCCCACCACCACCGAUCUCAUCUCCUCAUCAAGCUCCUCCGUCUCCACCACCAACACCUCCAACCGACAACGACGUCCUUCCACCAGUCGGCGGAUUGAGCUAUUCAUCGCCGCCGCCCCCCAUCUAUCCGGGAUACAAUUAGCCAUACCUCGAUAUCUUCUAGUGCACCCAUUUCUGUAG